UUUCAUAUUUUCCCCUUUCUUACAAUACCGCAGCAAUUGCGCGCUGAAGAAAAAUUUUAGCUGUGCAAUUGCAAGCUGACAGACAAACAGAGACUGAAUCAGAGAAAAGGAAGCAAGGAAAGGAGAAAAAAAUCAUGGGGUGUGAAGAGCAUGUCGACUGUGCUAACCGGAACGGCAGCGGUGAUGAGUGGGAGGUGCUUGAGUUCAAUUCUGCCCCGAGUUCGAUUCGCGGGGAGGAUGAAGAGGAUCCGCAACACCGCUUGUCAGUGGAAAUUGAGUUGGGGAAUUUCAUAGAUGCGGAUUAUUUUGCCUGUCCUUCGUCGGAAUUGAGUUUGGAUGUGAAUCCCGCGGGGAAUUUGUGUUCUGAUGUGGUUGACGAUGGGUUGCGGGAUCGAAAACCUGCGGAGGCUUUGCAUUCUGAGGAGGAGGUAAUAUUGGGGAAGGAAGAUGAGGAGAGUUUGGGAGCGUUGCUGGCGGCGAAAGAAGUGGAGGGGAAUUUGGGAGCCUUAGCGACUGGUUCUUUGGGAUCUGGUGUGAUUGAGGGGUUAUGCAUCUUUAGGCCGCUUGUGGUGACAGAAUUAGCCCUGUUUAGAGUAGAUUCCUCUUUUAAUUCAUGGAAGGUCGGCAAGGGCGAAGAGGAGGGUUUGAAGGUUGUUGCAAUUGAGAGGAUUAGUUCUUGUCCUAGUUCUCCGCGAUUGAGCCGCCCUUCUUCUCCGCAGUUGAGUCGCCCUUCUUCUCCCCGGGUGAACUGCUGUAAUGUUGAGCCUGCUAAGUGUGAGGGAGGGAAGGCGAAUUUUAUAAAUCAGUUGGGAAUUUGGACAAAGAAUAUUGGAAUGCUUUCUUCGUUUGGGAUGGCGGCUGCAGUCAUGGGCUUGGUCAUUCUGGGUAGCAGAUUUUAUCUUCGGAAGGGUAAUCAGAAUAAGAAUCGAAAUCAAGGCUUAGUUCGAUUUCAGGUUUAUGGAGACAACAGAAAGAUUGGUCAAUUGAUGAGCCAGGCAGCUCGACUGAAUGAGGCGCUUUCUGCAGCUAAAAUAGGAAUAGGAGGAGGAGUUCCUGUAGUCAGAGCUCAAAUAUCUUUUGGAGGCUACUGUGAUGGUCUCUGACAUAAAACUUGCUGGCCUUCACCUUUUGUAUAGAGCUGAUUAACUGUAUAUAUCUAUCUAGGCAUAGAUCUCUGCAUGGUACUGAAUGCAGCAGUUUAAUAUCGUUUAUGGCAAAAAGAAAAAAACCCAAUAUAUUUACAUGCCAUAUAUUUUUGUCUUAGUUUAUAAAAGAUAUCCAAGUAAAUAGCAGAUCCUUACCAUUUAUGGACAUUGAGUUUGAAAUGACUGUCAAUUUGCGGGGGCUUUAACAAAGUCCUUGGUGUGCACUGUACUGAAGGUAAAUUUUGUAAAUAGAUUUGUAGAUGGUCUAUAAUUAUGCUAAUUACAGGUGGUUCAGGAUUCAGAAUUAUCAAUUCAAAAUGAUCCCUUAAUUUUGCUU